GCGCGCGCACUGUAUCCAAGGAUAUAACAAUAUGGACGUUGAAGUUUCAUUUUAGAUAUUUUUAGUUGAAUUUCACGGCAUUUAACAUUUUUCAGUUUGGUUAAAAGAAGUAGAAUAAGCAGGUUUUUAAAAACUAACUAUGUCGAGAGCUCAAGCAGAAAGUGUGAUCAAAAACAUCAUCAGAGAAAUAGCACAAGAAUGUGCUAGCAAAGGACAAGCUGUAUCAGAAACUCUUGUGGCAUUUAUGGUGAAAGCAGUGGUGCUUGAUCCAGCAAAUGAGUUUAAUGUGGACAGAACUCUCACUAAAGACGAUGUACAGAAACUUAUCAAGUUGUGCGUUGAUCGACUGAUGGAUACAAGGACACCAUCUUUAGACACUGUUAAAAUGCAGGUCUAUUUUGAUAUGAAUUAUACAACUAGAUCUGACUUUUUAGAAGAACACAGAAGAGUUUUGGAAUCUAGGUUACAACCAGUGAUACGUGAAAUCACAGACAGUAGAGCAAGAACGAGAGAAGAGUUAGAGAGCUUGUAUCGUAAAAUUGUCUCUGCUGUUUUAUUACGGUCUGGUCUAGGUAGCCCUACAGAUAUAGCUGUAGUAAGGGAGGCAACUGCAGCUCUACAGAGCGUCUUCCCACAAACAGAAUUGGGAACUUUCAUGUCUCUGACAAAGCGUGACAAAGAAAGACAACUCCUGGAAUUGACAAUGAUUGUGACUGGUAUUAGACUGUUCAAUAAAGAAUGUGGUAAAGGAGGAGAAGGAAUUGAUGAUUUACCAGCCAUUUUAAAUGAAGCCGUACCAGCCACAACACAGAAUGUAGAUUCAGAAAUCCAGGCCACAUUACGUGCUGCCAAUAAAUAUACAGCUUUGAUAGAAAAGAUGCAUUCUGGUGAAUCAAGUGAAGGUCCAUCCACUCAGUUGUUAAAGGAAUCACUGAUAAAUACAAGACAACACGAGGCUUUCCUUAGAGUAAUAUUAAAUGAUGUUAUUAGCUGUGCUCAUCAAGUAGAAUCCUUAGAAAAGCAAUUAGCUACAAGAAUGGAGCAGCUACAAGCCACAGUUCAAUCAAAAACAGCUGUGCCUACAGCCCAAGUUUAUCCUCAGUUUAUUCACCUGUCACAGUUGUGGAGUGGUUUUCAAGAUGAGAUGGUAUUACUCAGUGUUCUUAGCAAUAUAUUGGCUAGUCUGGAACCAUUUACAAGGGGUCACAGAGAACUAUUUACAGAUGAGAUACUGACUCCAUUCUUAGAUGGAGCCAUCAUUAAAUCAGAUGAACAAAGAAUUCAAGAAUCAAAGGGAGAGAAAAUAAAUCCAAGUGAUUUUAAAGAUUUGGAUUGGUUGUUCCCAGAUACAACAAAGCAUUUUAACAAAUUACCACUACAAUAUAGGGGUUACUGUGCUUGGGCUUUAGCAAAGUUUGACAGAUUACUGUUACCUAGCAACCCUGAUAUUGGUGUACUUAGAUACAAAGAUCAUUAUUAUGGAUUCAGCAAUAAACAAGCAGCAACAGAAUUUUCACAAAAUCCAGAUGGAUUUAUUCGUCUGGUAGCUGAAGGUGCCAAAAGAAGUCCAGAAUUAAUACAGCUACUAGAACUUCAUACACAAUUUGCCAGUAUAACACCUUACUCACAGGGCAAAGAUGCUGGUCGGAUGAUAGAGAAACCAAUCACCAAGUGUGACAGUGGCACACAGACAGACACACAUUUCAUGGAGACAAAUAUUGUCAAAUCUUAUGAAUGGAAUGAAUGGGAACUUCGACGGAAAGCAAUUAAACUGGCUAACUUGAGAACAAGAAUUACCCACUCUGUACAAACCAAUCUGAGUAAUAUGAGAAGAGACACAGCCAUUCAAGUCUGGCCUCCAAAAGAUCAUACAACACAGACCAAGACAGAUUCCUACACAAAUGUACCACAGCCUACAGUAUUCCUGGCAGGUUUACGAGGUGGUGGUAUGACGGUGUCUACAGACAUGACCAAAGUAGAUCUUACAAUUGAUGUAGAUCAGACGUGAUUGGAACUGAUUAAACUAUUUGAAUUUGACAAUUUUAAAUUUUGUAAUAAUGAUGUAAACCAAACUGUGAUAGAAUAAUAAUACUUGAAAGAAA